AUGGGCACCACAGGCAAAGUUAUUAAAUGCAAAGCAGCCAUCGCCUGGGAAGCAAACAAGCCCCUCUGCAUAGAAGAGGUGGAGGUAGCUCCCCCCAAGGCACAUGAAGUUCGAAUCCAGAUGAUCGCCACUGCUCUGUGCCAUUCUGAUGCCCAUUUUCUCCAUCCUGCAUUUACAAAGGCUCUGUUCCCAGUGAUCCUUGGCCAUGAGGGGGCAGGUAUUGUGGAGAGUGUUGGGCCAGGAGUGACCAACUGCAAACCAGGUGACAAAGUGAUUCCUCUCUACAUGCCUCAAUGUAAAAAAUGCAAGUUCUGUCUAAGCCCACUCACAAAUUUUUGUGCAAAGCUUAGUCAAUUCAAAGAUCCUAUUAUUCAGCAAGAACUAAUGGAAGACAAAACCAGCAGGUUUACCUGCAAAGGAAAACCAGUUUACCAUUUCCUAGGGACCAGUACCUUCUCUCAGUACACUGUCGUAUCAGAUACUAAUCUUGCCAAAAUAGAUGAUGAUGCAAAUUUAGAGAGAGUCUGUCUGCUUGGAUGUGGAUUUUCAACUGGCUAUGGAGCUGCCAUCAACACUGCCAAGGUUACCCCAGGUUCUACUUGUGCCAUCUUUGGCCUGGGAGGUGUUGGCCUUUCUGCUUUAAUGGGUUGUAAAGUAGCAGGAGCUGCCAGAAUCAUAGCUGUUGAUAUCAACAGUGAGAAGUUUGCAAAGGCCAAAGCCCUUGGAGCCACUGACUGCCUCAAUCCUAGAGAGCUACAAAAACCCAUCCAGGAGGUCAUCAUUGAAAUGACCGGUGGGGGUGUGGAUUUUGCACUUGAUUGUGCAGGUGGAUCUGAAGUCAUGAAAGCAGCCCUGGACUGCACAACAGUAGGUUGGGGAACGUGUACUCUCGUUGGAGUAGCCAUUGGUGAUAAAGGAUUGACUAUUACUCCAAUAGAGCUAAUAAUGGGCCGUACUAUCAAUGGAACAUUAUUUGGUGGUUGCAAAGGUAGAGAUUCAAUCCCAAAGCUGGUUACUGAUUACAAGAAUAAGAAAUUCAACCUGGAUGCACUGGUGACCCAUACCCUGCCUUUUGAAAAAAUCAAUGAGGCAUUUGACCUAAUGCACCAAGGAAAAAGCAUUCGAACAGUUCUGACCUUCUGA